AUGUAACAUCCGGUGAGCCUCGUUUUGAAGUUUCAUUGGCGGUAGCAACCAACAUGGAGACGGGACGUUCCAACCGUGGGUUGCGGUUGCAUAAUGACAAUUAAGAAGAGGCGGAACAGGUUUCUACUGUGUGGUAGUGGAUCUAGUGGUACAGUAUCACCAGGAGGUUCCUCUUCAAAUUCUUCAACUUCAAGCAGCACAAGUUCAGGACAUGUAAGGAUAAGGUUGGGAUUUUCUACAAGGCUUAAAAUAUAUUUCCGCAGAAUAUUGUCGCGUUUCCGUAGAAAGGGAAAAAGAAUUCAUCCAAACAAACAUUCCGGCACUUCUGUUAUGGAAGAUCGCUCACUGUCUGUCAUCAUGGAGUUACCUGAACACACAGAACCUUCACAGACUUCACAGGAAGCUCCUUUGCCAAGACCUUUUUCACCUGGAGUACAGAAAGUGAUCCAUCGCUUAAGUGUAAAACGAAUAGAGAGCUGCUCUUCACGAGGAAGUGGUCAGUCUGUUGGGCUUCAAAAUGAGGAUGUAACGCAAACAGCUGUGGACUCAUCUUCACAGACCUUCUCCAUCACUAACAUGUUUGAUAUAGCCAGUCUGUCUCCAGAACCGGAGGAAACUAUUGUUGACCGACAGAUUUAUCCUCAAUAUGAAGAAACAAUGAUGUCAGAAAACAGGACUGUCAACAGAGGGCACUGUAGGAAUGAGAAUGCCAAACAAAAAGAGGAACAUGCUAGUUUGACAUCUUCCACGGCAUCCUGUGGAUCAUCUACAGAUGCUGUAGAGCAGAAAACAAAAGGCUCUGCAGACGCCAUGGAUACAGAGAACAAAACAGAAAGCAAAUCUGUCCAAUUCCAAACCAAUGUUAGAGUAUACCCAAGCCUUGGUGGUAGAGCAGAUGCUAAACCAAAUCAAGAGACUGUGGAGUGCCUUUCAGAUCACCCGUCAGAGGGACUUCACAUAGUUGAGGACUACAAAGCCUGGAGACCAGCCACGCCAGGCAACAUUUCUAAAGACAAGGAGAAGCCUGCAUCUCCACCUCAAACACCUACAAUCGUUUUAAGUGGAGGAGAGAACCCUCACACAACUACACCUGUGAAUGAAGCAGAGGAAACAGUCUCUCCAUCUCACACAUCUACACUAGUGACUGUGAAGAAUCCAGAUUACACCCCUCGAACUCCCAGAGACAUUGUGAAAACCGAGAGUGAUGAAAGGAAGACCAAUAAAUCUUUAUCACAGUGUUCAGCAAAGAGCCAGCACAUCAAGACAUGGAUUACAGAAGAUGGAGGGGAGCUCGAUGCUCAGGAAGUUGGCAACAGGUCUGCUUUAGACCAUGAUACUUUAUCUAAUACAGUUUGUACCAUGCAGUCUUCCAGUAUUUCAACUGAUCCAGACAGGCAGGAGUUAGAGAAGGCUAGACGAAGAGCUGACAGGAAAAAAAGAAAAGAAAUGAGAAUGGCAGCUGAAGGUUAUAUCAAAGAACAAGAAACCCCACCUCAAGAGGAGAGACGUAAAAAGAAAUCUAAAAAGAAGGAAGUUAGGCAAAAGGAAAGUGGAAUAUGUAGUGAGGAGUCAACAGGAGCAUCGGGAUGUGGACAACAGGCAGUUGUUAGGUUGGAGGCAGAAAGAGACCUUCCCAGACAGGAAAACAUUGAAAGUACUCUCACCUUCGAGGAAAAACUCCAACAGUGGGACAAAAAGAAAAGAAAAGGAGACAUUCGUACACCUGAUUGCCAAGAUGGACCAGCUACACCUGGAAAACAGCGGACAAAGAAGAAAAAAAGCAAAGAGCCACCAGCAGCUGGGGAUGAAGAUAUGGCAACUGAGAUUAUAAAGAUGAAAGAAAAGAUUACCACAGACUAUGAGAGGAAAGAAGAGGUUCCAAGGUGCGGAAAAGAGGCCAUGGAACAGUCCCUACAUUCCAGGGAAAGGUUACACAAAUACUAUGAGAGCAGAAAUAUGGAAGACACUCUGUUAAAUCGCAGCAACAAUGAGGAGCAACCCAACUACCAUGAGAGUCAUUCCACGAUUGGACAAAGUGCAUCCAAUCACUUAGAUGAAGUUAGUAAAGAAAGGCUCUCUCAGGAGGAGCGAAGAAAAAAACGAGCUGACAGAAAAAAGCAAAAAGAAGCAAAAGUAGCUUCUGAUGAAAUCACAAAGGACAAGGCUGUAACACAAGAGGAAGAGGCUGAAUAUCUAGGCCAAGACAUAUCCAAACAAAAGAGAAAAGUAAAAAACUUUACGGAAGAAGAAUUAUCCGGUGCAGAUUUUUCUAUUGCUGAAAAUACUGAUGUUAAAGGUGAAAACACUGUGAUAGCAGAGUCAGAGUUUGAUGAAGUUGGUUCAGUUCCCAACAAAUCAAGUAAAAAAUAUGUUGAUGCAGGAGUGGGACCAACACCUUUGGAAAACUUUUCACAGCAAGCUGUAAGUGUGUCCAAGACGAACCCUGUCAAUGUCACUUGUGGAGAGCAAGGCAGAAAUUUAUCAAACCAAAAAACAGAAAGAUCUGUUGAUGUAAACUCCAGAAACGUGAACGAGUACAAACAGUUCCCUGGUGGUCACCUCAUUGGUCAGCAGUAUUCUGUUGACCACCAGCAUGUGUCAAUUUAUCCAGAGAAUGAAAGUAAUGAUCAAAACGAAUGUGGAGAAAGCUCGGGUAGUACCGAUCUGUGGUCCCAGGUUCCACCGGGUACAUUGGUAUACCAAUCCAGGAUAUUGGACAAUGUACAGAAUCACUUAAUGAAGGCUGAACAGGACAGCUCAAUGGAGAAACAAGUAACUGGUGAAAAUGAAUGUCUCAAUGUAAACAAUGUGGUCAACAACAAUCCGUGGAGGCAUCCUUGGUAUAGAGAUACAGGGCAUCAUGUUCCUAGAGCAGAAAAUGACAAGGGUAGGCAAUGGGAAGGAAAGAUGUCAACCUCUGGCACUGUCAAAGAUCACUAUCAGUUUGUAGCUGAACAAGACAGACCCACACCAGUCGGGUGUGAUGUGGAUAUAAAUAUGGGCAGAGAGAUGAACUUGGAAAUCGAGACAGUUGUCAGAAGAGUGAAUCAGUCUGGCCCCAGUCGACCAGAAUCGAGAUCUCUAUGGAGUACAUCAAACAUGAGUAUUCCCCAUUCCAUCCAGGAGGUGGACGAGACAGAGUCCGAGGAAUUGGCAGAACAAGAUCUCACUCAAACUGUGGAUAACAAGGAUCCACAUACAGGACAAGACAACCAUAUCAAGUAUCCUGCUCCAGGUCCCAGGGAGGAACUUGCUCCAAAUGUGUUUAAGGUUGAUAAGAAGAACCUGCCCCCUGUGUGUCUUGUACAGAAAGAGAAGGAGACUGCCACAGCAGGUAUCAGGAAUCCCCAGUACAGCAAUCUCAUAACAGGUUUUGAUAUAGAAAUGGACAGAAGUACACUGGAAAGAAGUGAUGUCAUACCAAGCAGAACAUCAUCUCCUGAAGUGGAUGACCUAAGUGAUAUCAAGUCAGAAGUCGAAAUGAGGUUGACUCCGAAUCAGACCUGGGAAGAGAUCACUCGGCCUAUCGGUCAGUUCAGGCCAAAGGUGAAAGCCUCUGCUGGCCUAGAGGAGACAGUGCAAGGUCAGAAAUCACAUAUCCCUGUUAGGAAUGAUGAGCCAAGUGAAACCAUUUCAACACCUACAUUGCUGCCUGCAACUCUGAGUAGAAAACAGAGAGCACAUUAUGAAAAACUCCAAGUCACCUUCCGUGCCCCAAAAAAGAAUCUUCCAGGAGCCCAGUUUUGGAAAGAUUUGAAUUCAGACAACUUGAAAUCAGAUGCUUCACAGGAUCUGUUCAUCAAAACACCCUUUGGUAAUAUCUUCCCAAAUGAAUUUGAGGAUAAACAAAUGUCUCCCAUCAAAGCUUAUUGUGAUGAGCGUUCUCGUAUAUGUGAUACCACAUUGGACGAGACCGGGUAUGAAAGUUUGGAACAGUCGGAGAACUAUGACAAUCCAGAGUCUUUGUCUGAUGUGAGGAACAAGCUGAGGAAACUCAGUGCCGAGAUUGAUUCAGACCAAACAGAUCCACAUCACCAGUUCUCUCCACUUAGUGGAACCGACAUGGAUGAAGUAUCUGCAGACCCACGGUUCUGGAAAUCAAGUGGCACAUCAAGCAGGGAUUCAAGAUUGUCUGCUGAAGUAUUAUCAAGAAUUGCAAAUCAUGCAGCACAAAAUGCUGAAAUGCUACAUUUUACAGAUGAAAAUAGAAGCUACCAAGAAGAAAAUGCACAAACUUAUAAAGAACCCUCUUAUGCACCGAGCCUUACUGAUCGCUAUCACCGAAAAAAGGAAGAAAAUCUUGACUUCUUCAGAUGUGUUUCAAGAGCUACUCAGAACACCAGCCAAGCACUAAGGUCAGAAGAAGAAAAUAUUGCGAGAACUUUUGCUAGAACAGACUCGAGAGAACAUACAGUUGAUCCUGAAAUAGCUGAUGGCAAUUUACUUUUCUUUAAAACAGUAUCAAAAUAUCCCGAGUUUUACAGGGAGACAGAGACAACUGACUCUAAUGUCAUAAAGCCGAGAGGUGGCAGGAGGAGUCCAGGGUACAUUCCUGAUGACCCAGGUAACUACAUCAGUAGAGAUGUAGCCCACCAAAACCUGGAAUUCUUCCGUGCUGUAGCCAGAGACACAAGCUUUUUCCAGAUGCCAGGUAAGAAAGGCCAGGAUAGAGAGGUCGAUUCUGAAGAGGAGUCUUCUCCAACCAGAAAUACACUUGCAGCUAGUCCAGAUCUUCCAACAGAAAACAAAGACACUCCUGGCCUUUACAAAGGCCAUCAGCAUACCAAAAUGAACAGUCAGAAAACAGCUUCGAAAAUUGCCAAUCACUUUCAAUACAAGUCAUUACCAAAAGACAAUUUUGAGUAUUGUCAGCAUCCAGGCCGUCCAAAACCUCUAUCUAGGUUGUUUUCUAAAAGGAAUGAUGCCCUCAGUUUGUUACAACCUGUGGUGUCUCCUGGCAAAGCCAAGGAAAACAUGGACUUCUUUUUACAGGUCUCCAAGGAUCCUCACUUCUAUCAAAUAGCAGAAAAACCAGAGGUGCCUGUAAUGGCAGCUCCAGAUGUAAAACCAAAAUCUUACAAAACUUACAAUGGCAUAAAUGUAAACAGUGGGCGACCAACUGGCAAACAGGGACUUGGAUUCAAGUCACGCUAUUCCUCAUAAGUACCAGGAAAUAAAUCCUUAUAAACGAUGUCCGAUGUUUGAUUGAUAACUCAGAAAGUCCCAAGGUAAACAAGCUAUAGUACUUACAGAAGGCUCUAAUUGUUUUUUAUACUAUAUAUUUAUAUGCUUCAUAUUUUUCAUACAGAUUUAUUCUACACAAUAUAAUUUUAGAUGUUAAUUUUACACUAGAUGAUAUUAAAACUUAAA